GGAUACGACUAUGUGGCGUAUUUUCCGUUCACACCGGCCUACGACUAUGUGUCGUAUCCGGAAAAAAUUAGGUCAUUGCCUCUCCAAGCAAAGCAAAGCAGGAGUUAUGAGUCAACAACCCGCCCUUUAGGCGGGAAGAUAAAUUGUCUCUUAGGAAAUAACAUUGGAAAGGGAUGCAAAAUAAAUUUAUAGCCAAGUGGCUAUAUCUAGCCAACACGCCGAGUUGUGAAAACUGUUUUUUGCAAGGAAAUUUCGACACCGAUUUAUUUCAACAACGCUUUACGAUAAGAUUAGAGAAAUUGUUUUGCUCGCAUGUAGCACAAACGGGCGUUUUGGGCGAGAAAACUAAAAGUUUGAUGAAUUGCAUCAUCGCAUGGAUUUAAUUAUAUAUCACAAAUAAUCUUGCCGGUAGGGUAAACUACUUCAAAAUUAAUGACUACGUAUCGGGUGCCGCUGAAAUAUCUUUUGGGCGGGAAAAUUAAAAAUUGAGAGAUUGCCAGGAAUUAGUAGAAUUUAAUUUUCCCGCUUAAAAUUGAUUUCUAUUCACCAGAUGCGCCAUAGUCUAGUUUCGAGCAAUUUCCUCUCACGGGAUAAUUAUUCAUUGUCAUUGCUGUGUAUUUAAAGUCAUUGUAAGGAUUUUUGGUUUUCCCGCCCAAAAUCGGCUCCUAAGGCGCUUUAGGCGCUAUAAUCAAUAUUUGCAAGUUUACGUAGUAAUAUGCAAGUAUUACUACAUGCUUGUCUAACUUUUCAUGUAAUUACAAUCAUUUUUAAAAUUCGGCGUGUUGGCUAUUUUCGGCUAUAAACAUUGGUGGCUCGCCACAACUCAAAAAUGCAAAUUACAACUCAAAAUCCCUUCUUGAAAGGUUAUUCACAUCAAUUUUCAUAAAAAAGUGUCCAGAAUAAUUCCGGUGGGAACACCAUUUUUUAAUUCAUGGCCCAGGAAUUAACGUCAUGCAGUAGAUAAAAAUUUCGGGGUCAAGGGAGGUAAAAAUUCGCGGUUACUAGGGGUGAAUGGUAUGAAAAAACUCGUCUCCUAGGGUUGAAGUGGUUAACAUACAAUUAGUAUCAAGCUAUUAAGGAUGGGAGACUACACGGGAAACAGUUUUAAUCUAAAUGUUCCCGCGAACACGACGGUGCCUCCACAAUUUCUGAGGUGCGAAAUAACAUUGGAAAAAUCAGUAUUGGUGCAGGCUCCUCCGUAACAGACUGCUUCAGCAACUUGGGGCUAAUUGAUGUCGAAAAUGCGGUAACGUUGGAAAGAAUGAGAGCAAACAAGGGGACCAUUAGUGUUGGGACGGGGUCAAAAAUUUCUCGCCUUUUUGACAACACGGGUACAAUUUUUGUCUCGAGUGGGGGGCAAGUAGAAAAUAUUCGGGGGAACUGUAAAGAAAUUCAUUUCGGACCGAAUUGCACGGUCGAAUUGAUUGAGGGGAACACGGGGACGAUUAUUUUUGGGGAGGGGGGAAUUGUGAGGAAUGUGUCCAGUAAUUCUGGGACUGUUUUUAUCGAGGGGCACGUCGUCCAUGGGAAAAAUUGUGAAGCGGUGAAAUCCCCCCCGCCAACUUCUGUAGCGUCGAUUCCUAGUCCUUCAUUGGCGACUAAUAAGAAAGAGUUGUAUUUACGCCCAACCCUGACAACCUUGACAAAACCGGUCACUCGGGACAUAAACAAACUCAAAGCUGCAAUGUUGACAACCCUUCCACUCGAAGAAAAGUUCCCUUCGACAGCCAGCAAGUUGGGAAUGACUCCAAGCACUCCUGGACCGCAAGAAGAUAAGGCAUCGUUUCUUAAGAAGAAUAACCUGCCCUCGUCUAAAAACAUCUUUACCUGCACAAGCCAAACCGACGGUGAGAAAUUGUUGGUUAACAAAUUUGGUGGAAUUGAUCUUUCUGCUGAGCACAAUCCUUCCGCUCCUCCGGAAGAUCAGAUCUAUGACAAGUUUCAAGACUCAUCCAGGAUGACAUUCUACUUUGCCCCAUUUGCAUGGUCCACCCAAAAAAUAUGGCCUUCCAGUGUGGACACCUUUGCUGUUCGGAUUGCUCUCUUGGACUGCUAAAUUGCCACUUUUGCCGUAAAGAAAUUACACAAAGGAUGAAAAUUUUUAUUUAGUGGAUAUCCAUAAAUAUGUACAUAGUCUGCAAAAGAUAUGUUUAACUUUUAAAUUUACAAAUUUACGUAAAUCGUACACUUUUCGUUUCAAAUUUCUGCUAAAAGCAGUUUGUGCAAAAUUUGUAAAAUGUAUUUAUACAGUGUAUCAACUUUGAUACAUAUUAUCUUUACGAAAAUGAUAAAAAAUCGAAUAUAAACGAAUACAUAUGUA